UGCAGCCUCCCAAGUCUGCUACGACCUACUCCACAUCUUUGAAACAGAAGUUUGAUAUCUUCAAUCGGACGCGUACUGCACACAUCUACCGCUGCGCGGAGUACAGACUAUGGCGGCUUUGCUUACCGAUUCUGAAUUGAGACAGGAACUGAAGCUACAUGGCUUUGAACCCGGACCUAUAACAGAUACGACACGGUCUGUGUAUAUAAAAAAGUUAAAUAAGCUCAAAUCGGAGCCUAACUCUGGAUCCCAGCCAGUCGUCAACUCACGAAGAUCUCGUGGCCCUCGAGUUUCACCAACAAAGCCAUCCAGUGGCGAUACCCUCCAGCGUGAAAUCACCGCUGAGACACCACGGACAACGCAAGGUUCACAUAGUUUAAGGAACGCAGCUAGGGCUAUCAUCGCUCAAUCAGCACUUCGGACCUCGAUCGCAUCUUCAUCCAGCUCUGGCGACUCGGGUGCUUCAACUGUCAGACCCCAAUCAUUUACACAGAUCUCAUCCCCAAGUGCCACAACCAUUAAAAAUGGUUUGCAGCCCAUCUCCAGUCCUCGGCUCACUCUUGGUCAGCUACCUGCUCCGUCGUUUACACCGGACGCAACACCUAACACUAUACUCCUUCAAAAUGAGUUCAGAACACCUGCUCAGAUGCGGAGCAGCAGUCAUCAGCUUUAUCGCGAAGUCACUCCACAACGUGGCGCUGGUCACACUCCAACACGGAAGACCUAUAUCUACUUCAAAAACGGAGCGCAGUCGGAUUCGGAAACUGAGGAAGAAUCUGAAAAGCCCAGCCCACUUGCCAGCGCAGUCUCUCGCGCAACCGGUUGGCUGCGUCGCAGCGUUAAUUAUGACGAUUCCUCCAAUACCAACCGUCUCUCCACCGAUGCCGGUGCUGCUCACCCUCGCCCUUCGUUUCGGCCUCGCUUUAGCGUUGACUCUCGUGAUGAACAGCAAUUCCGGGCAUCCGAUACAGAUCACUCAGAUACUGAGUGGACUCGUCGUAGACAGUCCUUUCAAAGAACACGUAGUUCACUUGGCGCUCCUCAAGGGUCCGUCCGCGAUACGGGCACAGCCACUUCCACGAGCCUUCUAUUCACUCCUCCUCGUUCAGCGAACAAAAGUACGCAUACUCAACCUCAUCCGGAUCUGACACUGCUUUCCGAUGAUAUGGACAGGGAUUUCGCUAGUAAUCGGUUUGAUGAUGAGGACCGGACUCCCGGUUACUACUCUCCACAUCACCCGACCAAAUCCUCUAUGGGUCGUGUUAUCUCCAAUGUUGUGACCCAUAUACCAAAUUUGAUUCUGGUUCUCGGUCUGAUAUCCAUGUGCUUUUUGGGUCUGAGUUAUCUACUGCUGCGUGAUCAUCACGGAGAAGUGGGAAAAAUGGCAGAUUUGCAGAAAGUUGUAUGCACUCACGAUGCAAACCAAGUGAUUAUUCAUAACGCAGAUGCAUAUGGUUGUUUACAUGAAAAAGAUUUGCCAGACGCUAUAUCGGUGCUCGGAAUUCUUUACGAUAUGCUGAGCCGUUAUUCCGGAGAAUAUCAUUGUGGUACAAGCAGUGUGUCCAGUCCCCGGAUGGUUGUCCAAGCUGCGCAGCGACUCGUCCAACGUGAACUGGAGGCAACGCGCAAAAUCUCCGAUAUCGGUGUGGUCACCAACAUCUGGAGGAACGCCCUAUUUCUGCUCCUUCAUGUCGGGAAGGCUCAUUUUAAGCUUGUUGCUUACGAUGCACUCGGUACUGAACUCGGGCCUAACGAUAAAUCCAGUGAUAUUUUCGAGCUCGAGUGCAUUCAACCCUACUUCACUGGUAUUUGCCGCCUCCGUCGUUGGUUCCAAUGGUUUUCACACAUGUGUGUUACCCUAGUAUGGGUCAUCUCCUCACUGCUGUUGCUGUUUGCUACCCUACUCUUCAUUCGUUUGAUUCGAACCAAACGCCUGCAACAGAUGGAGCAGAGAACUGCGCGUAUUCGCGAUUUAGUCGCCGAGAUUGUGUGCUUGCUUCAGCAACAGUUGCGAGAAAAUGAAAUCAAUCCAAACCUCCCUCCCUAUGUGCCCGUUAACGUUCUUCGAAGUCGACUGAACCAACGUCAUUCCGAUACGCUGGAUCUUUGGCCAGAAGUGCUCAAAUACGUCUACGAGGUGGAGACGUGCAUUGGUGUUCGUGAAUGGCGUGGAAUCGGUGAGACUUGGCAAUGGCAAGGCGGAACCGGUUGGCAAGGUUCAGGUAAGACCGUUGUGAACACUGGGACCAAUCGACCUCAGUCCUGCUUUCCGUCACCUAAUCUGAAUGGACCACCGUCCAGCACACAUUUGUCAGUGCCUGCUUUGGGCAGUUCACCUUAUUUCGGCCGUCCAGAUUGGCACUGGCUUUGGGGUGCGAAGCUCGGCUAUACGCCAAGGGACCUAUGUGGUUGAACAUCGGUUCUUUGUCAUUUGCACGGUGCGCACCAAAGCACCAAAUGUAUCUACUAUUUUCCCGCUUAUCCCCAUGUGCGCCGUCGAACUAUCAUUGCAUGCUAUUUGAAUGAGAGUUGCCUAGCCCUUCUUUUUAUUAUCUUCAGUGUGGAACAUACAUUUCUUUUGUGUUUUUAACACAGCUCAUCAGCUUCAUCCACAUUUGCUCAUGAUGUUGUUUUUUCCCUGGACUACUUUCGACUUGCGAGUUUGGCAUCAACUGGAACUUGAACUGAGCCUUAUCUCCAUUCUUUUUGCCCCCCUACGUUAAACACAUUCCUACUUCAUCGAUUCGUACCAUACGUGUAUCUGUCUGUCUUAUUUUCUAAAUAGAGCUGGUCAACC